CAGCAGCAGCAGCAGGGUGGUGGUGGUGGCGACGGCUACCAGGGCAACCAGGGCGGCUGGCAACCACAAGGCAACGGCAACCAAGGCAACAACUGGGACAACCAGAGUGGUGGUGGUGGUGGUAACAGAGGUGACAGGUAUAACCGGUGAAUGUCACCACACUAACAUUGACGACAUUACUCACUAUGACGCAACCACAACUUGUGAUUAACCACAACCUGACCCUCUGUCUCCCCUUGUGUACGUAGGUGUGUGUUAUGAUGCACGUGUCGGUGUGUGCGUUCUGAUGUACGUGAACCAUGAUUGAAUAAAAGUGUACACAUGA